UCCCUUCCCGCCGCCGCCAUGGCGGCCUUGCCCCGCCACCGCCGCUUCCUCGGCGGCUUCGUAUGCGGGGCCGCGGCCGGGGCUGCUGCGUCCUGCUGGGCUACAUGGCGGCUCCUCCGCAGCCAGAGCCAGCCGGAGCCGGGCCCCGGGCGGGCCCCAGAACAGGAACCAAUAGAAGAGGCUGUGCUGGAAAGGUAUGGAUUUCCUGAGGCUGGAACAGAGACCAGAUGUUACACAAAUCAUGCACUGUCUUAUGACCAGGCAAAACGGGUGCCUAGAUGGGUGAUUGAACACAUUUCAAAACAAAAGAUGCUGGGUGAUGCAGAUCGAAGGCACUGUAAAUUCAGACCAGACCCUAACAUCCCUCUGAUGUUCAGUGCUGUCAAUGAAGACUACCUUGGCAGUGGAUGGUCACGAGGACACAUGGCACCAGCAGGAGAUAACAAAUUUUCAACAAGAGCUAUGGCUGAAACGUUUUAUCUGUCUAACAUUGUGCCUCAGAAUUAUGAAAAUAAUGCUGGCUUUUGGAACAGAAUGGAAAUGUACUGUCGGGAAUUGACUGAGAGAUUCGAAGAUGUUUGGGUUGUUUCUGGACCUCUUACCUUGCCUCAAACAGAUGGUGAUGGAAAGAAGAGUGUUACUUAUCAGGUGAUUGGAAAGGAUGACGUGGCUGUACCAUCCCACCUGUACAAGGUGAUCCUGGCCAGGAGGAGCAGAACAUCCUCAGAGCCCCUGGUGCUGGGGGCUUUCGUGGUGCCAAAUGAUCCCAUAAGCUUCAGCCACCAGCUCACUGACUUCCAAGUCAGCAUUGAAGACCUGGAAAAAAUGUCAGGUUUAGUUUUCUUUCCCCAGGUGGACAAGACCAAAGAUGUUAAAAAUAUCUGUGAGGUGGAUACCUGCAAACUGAUGGGCUUCAAGGAGUUCACUCUGUACAUCACUGCCCGCAAAGUGCAGAGCGCCCGGACGCUGCACCGGCUGGAGAAAGCCAUGGCAGAGCUACAGGAGGCAGGAAUUGAGCCUGAUGAGUAUCUCCUGAAGCUUUACAAGAAGAAGGAGGAAGAACUGCUGCAGGAAAAAACCAUAGCAGCUAGAGAGGGGAGAGCUGGCUGAGUAUUCAGGAAGUUGUUUGGGUUUUUGGAAAGGGGAACUGAAGGCAAAUGCGAAGACGAGGGCUCCUUGAAUCAUCCUUUUUUGAGUUGUGAGAACAAUAAAGAAAUACCUGGAAGCUAA